UUCUAACUCGCUACAGUACGUUAGACUGAAGCGUGAGAAAGUACUGUUGAAGGACUCGCGCGUGCUCUGCGAUAUUUCACCGAGUUUUUGGAUUAACCGAGACAUAAAUGAGACGAACGGGAGAGAGUCUCUGCAAAUACAAUGAUAAGUUAAAAUCUCCUCAUACCAGAUGAAGGAAGAUGUUGGCCAUGGAUCAGGGUGUAGUGGAGGAGUGGCUGUCUGAGUUUAAGACUCUUCCAGAAUCAUCGAUCUCCAAUUAUGCCACCACUCUAAAGGACAAAGCCUCUUUGGUUCCUGCGCUCUACAAAGUUAUUCGGGAAAAUUACAGUGAUCUUUUGGAGCCCGUGUGUCAUCAGUUGUUUGAGUUUUACCGAAGCGGUGAGCCGCGUCUUCAGCGUUUUACACUGCAGUUUCUCCCUGAGCUGGUGUGGAGUUACCUGUCGGUCACUGCCGCACGAGACCCUCACUGUAGCGGGUGUAUAGAGGCUCUUCUGCUCGGCAUCUAUAACCUGGAAAUAGUUGAUAAAGAUGGACAGAGUAAAGUGUUGUCAUUUACCAUCCCCUCGUUAUCCAAACCGUCAUUGUACCAUGAGCCUUCUUCUAUUGGCUCUUUGGCCUUGACUGAAGGAGCCUUAGCCAAUCACGGCUUGAGUCGAGUGGUUUAUAGCGGUCCCCACCUCCAGCGAGAGACGUUUACAGCACAGAACAGGUUCGAGGUCCUGACGUUUCUGCUGUUGUGUUAUAACGCUGCACUGAGUUACAUGAGUACUUCAUCUCUUCAGUCUCUCUGUCAGCUCAGCUCCAGGGUCUCCAUCUGUGGGUAUCCACGGCAACAGAUGCGGCGGUAUAAAGGCAUCAGUACUCGUCUGAUGGUCACGUCUGAGUUCCUCGUGCAGCUGAUUACAGGGAUUCAUUUUGCUUUGUGUACUGGAGAAGCAGACCUGGCCUCCAAAGCUCUUGAUGAUGUUCUGUAUCGAGCAAAGCUGGAUCUCUUCCCAGAAGCUCUGCUGGUGGGAAACGCCAUCAAAUCGUCUCUUCACGGUGCUUCUUUGAAGUCUAAUAAGGAAGGUUCUCGAUCCAUCCAGGUGGAAAUCACACCCACGGCCUCUCGGAUCUCACGGAACGCCGUCACCAGUCUGUCUAUCCGAGGACAUCGCUGGAAACGUCACGACGCUGUGGAUUUGGGUUCCCCGGAUGAGCUGACUGAAAUCGCUGAGGUGGACGAGGGCAUUUGUACUCAGGCGUCCGGCGGGCAGAGCAGCCCACCUGCAAUAGUUGUCAGCCACAUUGCCGUAACGGCGGCGGCGAGUAGCGGCGGAGCCGGAAAACUGGCAGGAGGGCUGCGUCGUCUGACGGGCCGAUCCAGCAAGGACAAAGAGAAAGACAAGGAUAACGCCACAGGCCUGGAUCAGCUCUCUCAAAAGCAGGCCGCUGUACGAGCAAUGAGCGAAAACUUAGACCUCCUGUCGCUCAAACGACUGACGUUGACGGCUAGCCAAUCGGUGCCCAAGAGCGGCUCGCUCAGCCUGUCGCGCACCGCCAGCGCCGUCUUCUCGCGCUCUUUCGAGCAGGUCAGCAACGCUCUUGGCGUCGCUACGGGGUCGUCCAGUCGCGCUCAGAGCCCCACCUCAAAUCACGUUUCUGAGGGUCUCCUUCAAGAGGAAGGCGUGACCUAUCCGGAACACCUAAGCCCCGCCCAUCAGUAUCGGCAGCGUUCGCCCACUAUUAGUAUCCAUGUGACCUCUGACCUGUGAUCUCCGAACCUUUUCCCAUAAGCUGUGUUUUACCACACAAAGGACGGAUCACGUUUGUUUCUACACUAGAUUUUUCAAAUCGUCCCAAAUUUGAGGCAAAUACAGACCUGGCACUUCUGCCCCUUUGUGGCACAAAACUACAGCACCUUAAAUGAAGUUUCUCCUGUGGUUUGUCAGUUGUGUAUAAGUACCAAAGUAAUGUAUUUCUGUUUUUUUAAUCUUUCUCCCAAAUUAGUUUUUCAAGGUGUCCAUGAAGUUAACAUGGUGUUUCUGUUGGUACUAAAGUUUACAUGUGUGUGAGUCUGAAUAUGAGCUGUACUGUAUAUUUUUAAUGCUGUAUCUGUGUGUGUUUGGGAAUAAGAUUUACAGACGAUGAUCAAAUGAUAAUUUUCAAACAUGUUAAAUGUGGUAAUACGAUAAUCUGUGUGUAUGGGAUUUGUGUGUGUUUGCACUUAAGAUCUUCUCAAAUUGUGAAAUGGAUAAUGUGACCCCCCCCAUUUCCCAGCAUGCACUGGGUUUGAACUGAAGCCAUCACUUCACACUGUUUUGGAAAUCUGGGUACCCGCAAAACUCGAACAGAAAGUCUGGUGAAAUUAAAUUGCAAAUAAAAGUAGUUACUGUUUACAUCAUCAUUUAUGUGGUAUUUCAACAGCAAUAUUAUACAACGAGCAGUAUGUGAGCAUUUAUUAAAGCCAUACUAAAAGAUUUAAUGACACAUGAGAAAGUUGAGUAACUGUGUGGUGAUUUAAUGGGUAUUAAACUCAAAGUUCACCCACAAAAUCUAAUUUCUGCCAUAAUUUAUUCCCCUUUAUGUCAUUCAAAACCUCUAUAUGACUCUUUCUGCCGUGAAACACAAAAUAUAUAUUUUGUGCUCUCUGGAGUAAAUAAAAAGUGUAGAAUGACAUGAAGGUGGGUAAAUAAAAUAUUUUUUAUUUAUGGGUGAACUCGUGUGUCAUAAUGAUGUCAUGCUUUGAAAAUGCACAGUACAGAUGAUAGAGAGACCCAUUAAACAGUGUGAUAUGACAGAAAUCAUUCCUUAACAUAAAGUGAGAUACAGCUUUGUUUAGUACCAGCAUAAUUUGUAAUGGAUUUAUCUUGGAAAAUUGUAUUAGUACAGUGUUCUAAUACAGCACUGUCUAUCCGGUUUUAUUCCUUGUUUAAAAAAAAUGUAAAAUGUGCUUUUAUUUGAAGUAAAACAACAAUUGUGGUUGUGUCUGUAUUCAUACUAUUUUCGCAAUGUGAACAUUUUAUGAUAAAUUGUAAAUAUUAUUGUACUAAAGUCAUCAGAAAAAUAACAUGGUUACAGAAAAUAAAGAUUUCUAUUUCAA